UUUUCGUUUACGCCAAUGGGACGCGAGACUGUGCGCGCCUCGUCUUUUGAGUGGGCAAGGCUCGUUGGCGCGCUAUUUGGACCAAUCAGAAGCGGCGUUUCCCGUCCUAAUUUGCAUAAGCGGCCGAUAAAUAGGGUGGCUCGCCCUCUUCCGCGUCAGAGCUCCGGCUCCUCCAGUUUGGUGUUUGUUGUCUUCGUCGCGAUGCCCGAGCCCACGAAGGCACCCGCCCCAAAGAAGGGCUCCAAGAAGGCGGUGACCAAGGUGCAGAAGAAGGACGGCAAGAAGCGUAAGCGCAGCCGCAAGGAGAGCUACUCGGUGUACGUGUACAAGGUGCUGAAGCAGGUGCACCCCGACACGGGCAUCUCGUCCAAGGCCAUGGGCAUCAUGAACUCGUUCGUCAACGACAUCUUCGAGCGCAUCGCGGGCGAGGCGUCGCGCCUGGCGCACUACAACAAGCGCUCGACCAUCACGUCCCGGGAGAUCCAGACGGCCGUGCGCCUGCUGCUGCCUGGGGAGCUGGCCAAGCACGCCGUGUCCGAGGGCACCAAGGCCGUCACCAAGUACACCAGCUCCAAGUGAGCGCGCGCAGCGCCCUGAACCCAAAGGCUCUUUUCAGAGCCGCCCAC